CUCCAUUGACAUUAUACUUAAGACGGAAAGAUUUGCGCACCAUAUAUACCUACUGCGUAGUGCGUAGUCCAACCUGUCCAACAGCCUCUGAAUAUAGACGACUUACGCAUGCCCCGUAACGCCGUAACGUGAAAACUCAUACUGAUGGUCUUAUAAAGUGAAUAUAUAUAAUGGCGAAAAUUUCUCAUUUACUCAAAAAAUUAGAGUUAGUUUUUACAUUGCAAGUGAGAACGUAUUCAGUAGCUCCAAAAUUUAAGCUCUUAAAUAACAUAGAAGAAUUAAUUGAAAAGGAAAAAAUAAAACCUCGACGUCAUCCAGGAGUUAAUGCAAAUAAAAUUACUCAGUUGCCAGAAUGGUUAGAUCAAGCUAUAAGGCAGAGUGUUGAAGAUGCUAAUAAAAAUCAAGUUUUACUAGAACAUCAGAAAUUUGCAAAUUAUCUGUUUAGUCGACGAUUGCCUGCAGAAAAAAAUGACAUCAAAGAAAAAUAUUACGAAAUAAAAAACAAAUUAGUAGAAAAUAAAUUAGACAAUUUGACUGAAGAAGAAGCUAAUCAAGUGAAUCAAAAAUUGAAUUCCAAAGUGAAAAAGAAAUUGAAACAGUCAAUAUUUAACUGGAAACCAUUAGAUUAUCAUGGUUAUAGAACUGCAUUGUACAUGGUCACUAGAUGUGUAGCUGAAUACGCUGCAUUAACUUCUAUUUUUAAAGAAAUAAACAAACGAGAUCCAGAGUUUAAACCUCGGACAGUAUUUGAUUUUGGAUCUGGUGUUGGAACUGUGUUAUGGGCUGCUACUCAGUAUUGGAAGAACAUUGAAGAAUAUGUUGGUAUAGAUAUUUCAAAUGAUAUGAAUGAUUUAGCUGAAGAAAUUUUCAGUUAUUCACCUACAAAAGUUAAAGGCAUAUAUCAUAAACAAUAUCUUCCAGUUUCAAACUUAAAAUUUGAAGUUGUUGUAAGUGCUUAUACUCUUAUGGAUUUAUCUGAUGCUAGAUGUCGACUUGAAGUAUUAUCUAAGCUGUGGAGGAAAACUGAUAAAUAUUUGGUAAUUGUUGAACAAGGAACGUUAGCUGGAUUUACAUUAAUCAAUGAAGCACGAGAAUUUGUUAAAUAUAUGUCGAAAAAUUCAGAACCAAAAUUAGAAUGUGUUAUUUUUGCACCGUGUCCACAUGACUCGGCGUGUCCUAGAUUUGCAGAAAAUAAUACACCAUGUAAUUUUUUAUCUCAGUACAAGUCACUGUCAUUAUUUGGACCACCUAAAGCUACAAAUGAGCUUUAUUCAUAUGUCGUUUUAAAGAAAGGUACACGUACAGAAAACGAUAAUUGGUACCGAAUAGUUAGACCCACAAUUGCACGUUCGAGACACGCUAGAUGUCAAUUAUGCACUGCUGAUGGAAAACUACAAGAAGUCGUUUUCACUGCUGCAAAAUACGGAAAAUCACUGUACAGAUGCGCUAAAGUGACAAAGUGGGGAGAUCGAUUGCCUAUUAGACCAACAAAAGGUCCAUUAGAAGAUGAAAAUGUAGUGUCAGAACUUGAAGCUUCUAAUGAUGAUUUUAAAGAAGAUGAAGAAAAUUUCGAAGAAAAAACACAGGCAAAAGAAAAAGAAAAAUUUAUGAUAUGCUCUGAAGCUCCAAUUGUUGUUAACAAACAUGAUUCAUGAACAAAUGUAAAUAUUUUGUAUUUUUUAUCUUUUGUAAAUAUGAGUUGACUUGAUCAGUUAUAUAAUAAUGUUAAUUUUACAUCUGUUUUGAAUAAAUAUUGA